CCCGCGCCAAGGAGUUCGGAGUUCACGUCAGGUAAGAUAAGAACAAUGGCGAAUCCUUUGAUCUGGCUCGCGCUCUUCUGCGCCUCCCUGUCGUCGUUCGCCACCUCCGCGGCCGGCCUCCGCCUCGAGCUCACCCACGUCGAUGCCAAGGACAACUGCACCGCCGAGGAGCGCCUGCGCCGCGCCACCGAGCGCACCCACCGCCGCCUGGCGUCCAUGGGCGGUGUCGGCGUGGCCGCGCCCGUCCGCUGGUCGGAGACGCAGUACGUCGCCGAGUACCUCAUCGGCGACCCGCCGCAGCGCGCCGAGGCCAUCGUAGACACCGGCAGCGACCUCGUCUGGACGCAGUGCUCCGCCUGCCGUGCGGCCGGCUGCUUCGCCCAGAACCUCCCCUACUACGACCCGUCCCGGUCGCGCACGGCCCAGCCCGCGGCCUGCGGCGACGCGGCGUGCGCCCUCGGCUCCGUGAUCACCCAGUGCACGCGCGCCGGCGAGGCGUGCGCCGUAGCCGUCCGCUACGGCGCCGGCGACAUCGUCGGGUUCCUACGCACCGAGACGUUCGCGUUCGGGUCGGAGGAGGUAAGCCUCGCGUUCGGGUGCGUCGUCGCGACCGAGCUCUCGCCGGGGUCCCUCGACGGCGCGUCCGGGAUCAUCGGGCUCGGCAGGGGCGCGCUGUCGCUCGUCUCCCAGCUCGGCGACACCAGGUUCUCCUACUGCCUCACGCCCUACCUGCGCGACGCCGCCAAGCCGAGCCACCUGUUCGUCGGCGCCUCCGCCGACCUGAGCGGCGGCGCGCCGGUGACGUCCGUGCCGUUCGCCAGGAACCCGAACGAAUACCCCUUCAGCACGUUCUACUACCUGCCCCUGGUCGGGAUGAGCGUGGGCACCGCCAGGCUCGCCAUCGCCGCCGCAGCGUUCGAGCUCCGGCGGGUCGCGGCGGGAGUGUGGGCCGGCGGCUCGUUCAUCGACUCCGGCAGCCCGUUCACGACCCUCGUCGACGCGGCAUACCAAGCGCUGAGGGCGGAGCUGGUGCGCCAGCUGGGCGCCAGCCUCGUGCAGCCGCGGACCGGAGGGCUGGACCUGUGCGUCGCACGGGGAGACGCCGGCAGGGUGGUGCCGCCGCUGGUGCUGCACUUCGGCGGCGGCGGCGGCGGCGGCGACGUGGUGGUGCCGCCGGAGAACUACUGGGGGCCCGUGGACGGGGCCACGGAGUGCAUGCUGGUGUUCAACUCCGCGGCGGGGCCGGACUCGACGCUGCCGUUGAACGAGACGACCAUCAUCGGCAACUACAUGCAGCAGGACGUGCACCUGCUGUACGACCUUGACAAUGGCGUGCUCUCCUUCCAGACGGCGGACUGCAGCUCCAUGUGAUUCGUGCAUUGUGCACGAACGUACUCCGCGUACUCCUGAAGUAUGUUCUUUAACUUAAAAAUAAUAUUUAACUAAUAAUAUACGUAUUAUAAAUUUAACUAAUAAUAUACAUAUUAUACUCCGUGUAUUAUACGUCGUUUGACUUUCUCUCAAAUUAACUUUAACUAAUAAUAUUUAUUUAACGAAUUAGUCAAAUAACUUAAAAAUGAGUACCACUGCACUACGCCUAUCAUCAGAAGUAUCUUACAUUUAACUUGUAAAGUUAUCUGUGAAUAAGUAUUGUUAGAUAAGACAAACACUCAAAUGAAAAAGAAUCAAUGGUAUCGUAUAUUUUAAAAUGGAGGCAGUCCGUAUUUAUGUGUGUCCAUGUAUGUCAUAUGUGUGUGAUGUUAUACU